UUUCCGCGAAUCGUUUAAUCGAUUAAUCGGUAGCUACAAGCUACAUUCGUGAAUUUGUGCCAAAAUUGCUUUGUAUUUGUUUUGUAAAAUCAACAUCGUAAUUUUAGUGCUGGGUAAUUAUUGUUCCAUGGUUUAUGCUCAGAUAUUUGAGCAUACUGCAACAAUUAAUCUAUUGCUCACUCUGGACGUAAUUUGUGAAAGAACUAUAAAAGGAGGAAUGAACAGAAAUCCAUAAUUACCGAGCGUUUAUACGCCACUUGCACCUGAGACAUUGCUGCUGCUGCUGAAAUCGGAAAUAAAAAUCGGAUUGAGAUAUUAAAAACACAUUCCUAAAUGAAUAUAUGCAUGCGUUUAUGAAUUUAUACUGAAAUAAGGCAAAAAUAUAAGGUAUAAAUUCGCCAUGAGUGAGCUAGAAAUUCCCAGUGUACCGGUGACGACAUUAGCUGGCCUUACAAGUUUAUCAGAUCUAUUGAGUGAGCUGCCAGUUUCCGAAUGUUUUGGAAACUCAAAUUCCUUUAACAAAUCGUUGCUCUUUCACACAUUAGUUGCAAGCGAGUCUCAAAAUUUGCUUUCACUGCGCGAUGACGAGCUGACUAAGCAGCUAGUUGGGGCUAUUGGGAAAUCAAAUGCUGAGGAGAUCGAACUAAAGCCAGAAUUUGCCGUUCAGCAGCCGUUUGGAGCGAACAUUAUUAGUACAUAUCCUGAACUAUUGCAGGGAAUUUAUAGUUUUCAUCCCACUGUAUUUGAUACUUCGCAACGAUUAGAAAUUCAAAAUGUUUCUGGGAACAGCGUACUGCAAUGUGUACCUGGCUAUGUCCAAGAAGCUAUGUCACAGGAAGCAUGUGACCUGGGCCACACAAGCCAACCAGGAAUCAGUCAUGUAGCCCCAGCAAUAGACAAAACUUGUAAGAACGAAGACACAACAGAAGCAGAGGUGAAUAAUCCUCCCAUAGAUACACAAAGUAAUACAAACUGUAUGCCAGAAUCGGAAAAGAUCGAUGAUAAGGGCCUCUUGCAAGAGCAAAAUACUUAUUCUGAGGCGAAUUUUCAAAAUGCUACCAAUAACCAGCAGAAGAACAUUGCGACACCACCUACUAAAAUUGAAGCAGUAUGUGAAAAUGAACAGCCAGUUCCAGGAAAAGCCGUCGUUGGGCCGUCUGCGGGCGGCGUUAAGAAAACUCAUCCCCUGGUACGUAUUAAUCGAUUAAAAACAGAGGAUGUACGUCUUAUGCAACAAAGUAUUAAAGAAUUUAUACAAAAGUCACCAGGGUUUUCGAAGAAACUGGGGCUAAAGGGAAAUGAACCCGGCACCGAAAAAUCAGAUGAAAAGCAAAGUCUGGCUCAGCCCGAUUCCUUAGCAAAAACGAGCCCUGAAACAAAAAUUAAAACUCCAAUUGACAGCAAAACGAAGACAGUGGAGGACACCUUUAACAUAAUGAAGGCAAAUGAAACGAAGCAGACUUCAAAGCGAAAACUACCGGUUUCCAUUGAUGAUAUUCCGCCAGAUCAAAUCUAUUCUAAGCCCAAAAUUCGUCGUGUGGAACGAGUACUUUCGGUGCUGCCGCCCAAAUGUUCCAAAGACGAUGUUGUACGCUCGCAAACAUAUCAGCAAUUUAUGCGAUAUAUGGAUCAAAUAAUUGAACUGCUAGACGACACUGAGUCCCCCAAUUUUGAGUCGGAUGAGGUAGACGAAAACAUAGAAUGUAUCUCUUCAAAGAUGUUAAAUGCUAUGAGCAACGAUGUCGCAAAGCUUAAAGCCAAGAACGCUCUUGAUCUAAUACCAAAAAACAAGCUUACCUUACUCAUCAACUAUGCCAUGCGCAAUGUGUACUUGGCUAAAAAUUACUCGUGCGGCCCCGAUGACGAGGACGAAAUUGUGGACGACGAUGUCAUGGACAAAAUUCUGAACGCUCUUGAAGCCUGUCUUCUCGUUUGCAAUAUCUACUCAACCGUCAACGAUUUGAAGUUCUUACAAGAGGAUAAUAUCGCUCUAAUUAUCAAAUUUAUGCAAUUUCAGUUGAGAGAGACCCUUUUUCCAUCAUACGACCCUGUGUACACGGUUAAGAGUGUAAAGAAGAACGACAACCGGAAGAAAUUGAAGAAUCACCAAAAUCACAAUCGGAAUCUGCAUCUGCUCUAUUCCAAGGUAGUCGAGCUAAUGAAGGUAUUCGUUAUGUUAUUUGAUAAGUGCAUUUUUGUUGAUACUAUCGUCUUGCCAUUAUCUGCUUUGUCCAUUGAGCCAUUCUUUGUAGACAAUAUUGAAACUCUUCAAUUUGUUUGCCUGGAACUAGUUACCACCAUAUUUAGGAAGGAGCACUAUGAUAAAAUUCGCAGCAGCAUUCUUGGGGACAUUCUAUCUUCUAUAGACCGCCUGCCGUCUUCGAAAAGAAAUCUGCGCCCUUUUAAAGUAACCAAUAAUGGGGGAAACAUUCAAAUGGUCACAGCAUUGGUUUUGCAGCUAAUCCAAUGUGCAACUAUACUGCCCGACACGCUGUGCUCCAACGACUAUGAAGCCAAGAAAGCAGCAGCCAGCUCAAGUGAAGGCGAAAAGAAAGAGGGCUCAUCCAAAACAAAGAAGGACAACUCCGAUGUGGUGGUAUUGAAGAAGUACGAUGUUGCUGUCAGUAUUGGCGGUAACUUUCUGACAACUUUUCUUAACAAGUGUAAGUCUCGCAAUAAUGAGACAGACUUCCGCCCUCUUUUUGAGAAUUUUAUUCAUGAUCUGCUGUCGACGGUUAACAAGCCCGAAUGGCCCGCUUCAGAAUUACUCCUUUCGCUACUUGGAACUAUGCUAGUUCGUUACGUCUCAGAUAAGUCCAUUGAGCAAAGUAUACGUUUAGUCUCUUUGGACUAUUUGGGUAUUGUGGCUUCACGCCUGCGCAAGGACACUGUGGAAUCACGAUGCAAGGUAAACAUUAUAGACUCCAUGAUAAAAUCCAUUAAGGCGGAACAAGAAAGAGAGGGGGACUUGUUGAUGCCUGGGGAUAAUAAAAUUAAAUUGGACCAAGAAGAAGAGCGCACCGAAUUUCUUCAAAUGAUUCUAUUGGACUUCUUAGCCGUCAACGCCCAGGAGGAGAAUUUAAUUUGGGACUAUGCGCGUCAUUUUUACCUGGUGCAAUGGUAUCGCGAUGUUAUCUAUCAACGUCGCAAAAUAGCAGAAGGUGACAAACGCUAUGCCAGCCGUAAGAAGACUGCAAAGAAUAGGCGCAAAACAUCACAUCAAAAGGCGGCAUCCUCUGACUCGUCGUGCGAAGAAAGUGAUGCAGAGAGUGGGGAAGACGAUAAAAUAACAAUCGACGUGGACAAUCCUAAUGCAUCUGUGGUGGACCAAGAGCUAAAUCUGGAGAUUUUCAAGUGUUUGGAAGAGCGCAAAAAUUAUCUGCUCUCAAAGAUAAGACCAUUUGCCUCUCCUGCCGACAUCAAUAACCACACCACACAACAUAUCAAGACAUACAUUGACUACAACAAUGCGCAGCUAAUAGCCCAAUAUUUAGGUGCAAAACGUCCAUUUAGCCAGUCCUUUGAUGGCUACUUAAAGAAAAUAAUACUCGUGGUCAACGAACCCUCCAUUGCAGUCAGGACUCGAGCCAUGAAGUGCUUAGCAAAUAUUGUGGAGGUGGACCCAUUGGUACUCAAACGUAAAGAUAUGCAGGUGGGCGUUAACCAGAAGUUCUUAGAUGCCGCCAUAUCUGUGCGAGAAGCUGCCGUCGAUUUGGUGGGCAAAUUCGUUCUCAGCAACGAGGAAUUAAUAGAUCAGUAUUACGACAUGUUGUCAACGAGAAUACUGGACACUGGUGUAUCUGUAAGGAAGCGUGUCAUCAAAAUUCUUCGUGAUAUUUGCAUAGAAUAUCCAGACUUUAAGAAGAUUCCAGAGAUUUGUGUCAAAAUGAUAAGGCGCGUCAACGACGAGGAGGGCAUACAAAAACUUGUCACCGAGGUUUUCAUGAAGAUGUGGUUCACCCCUUGCAAUAAGAAUGAUAAGCAUGGCGUUCUAAGGAAAAUAAACCAGAUCAUAGAUGUCGUUAAUACCGCACAUGACACUGGCACAACUUGGUUGGAGGGCCUAUUGAACAGUAUAUUCCAGCCCAAAGAGAGUAUGCUGAAACCGGAUGGUAAUGCUCAAGAACCUGUGAAGAAAAACACCGAGCCUCCACAAGAAAUUAUUCUCGCCUGUCAACAAUUAGCUGAUGGUCUUGUAGAUAGACUUAUUGAACUGGAAGAUACUGAUAAUGAACGAAUGCUGGGCUGCGUAACCACAUUGCAUCUGUUAGCCAAAGUCCGUCCUCAAUUGUUGGUGAGACACGCAAUGACAAUUGAGCCCUAUUUAAAUAUAAAAUGUCAUGCGUCCACGGCUCCAAAGUUCAUAUGUGCUGUUGCCGAUAUUUUAGAAAAGGUUGUACCACUCGUUAACAAUGCCAGUGAAUCGUUUCUUGCUUCUUUGGAGGAACACUUGAUGUUGCUGGUGGUAUCAUUGAAUCAAGCCGUAGUCUCAAGUUGCGUUUCUUGCUUGGGAGCCGUAGUAAAUAAAAUCACCAAGAACUUCAAACUCAUUCGUGAUUGCUUUCAGAAAUUCUACAGAAUAUUGGAUUAUAGUCGCAGCCAAGUUACCCAAAACAAUCAGACUUUCGAAAAUAUCUACACCCCUAUGUUUCGUCGCAGUCUCUUCACCAUCGGCAUUCUAAUGCGAUACUUCGACUUUAAGGCCCCCUUUGUGAUUGGGGACUGCAAUACCAUGUCUCCAACAAUAUGCGACGACGUCUUCGAUUGUAUCAUGUUCUUCAGUAAAUGUUCCAACUACGAAAUUCGAAAACAAUCUCUUAUAGCUUUAGGAUCAUUUUGUGUAAUGAACGACAACUACUUAAUUAAAACAGAGCUAAAGCAAUUUUACUGUGAUAUCCUGAGUUCAGAUAAAAUUGAAGCCAGCGUGAAGAUCAUAUGCAUGCGCAACAUAUGGAUUUACCUAACGGAAUCGGAAAUGAACAUGUACAAUAGGGAGAAGGAGUGGGAGAAGCAGGCCCAGAAUGAGGACUUGAAGGAAAUGAAUGAUGUAUCGUCGGGUAUGGCCAGUCGAGUCAUACAAUUGUAUCUGCAGGAAAUUCUGGAUUGUUUUCUCAACCGAGACGAUUCGGUUCGCCUGUGGGCGGUCAAAGUCGUGCAAAUAGUUCUACGACAGGGCCUGGUCCAUCCCGUGCGCAUGGUGCCCUAUUUGAUCUGCUUGAGCACUGAUUGUAAACUUGAGUCGGCACACCGAGCAGAUGCUCUUUUGAAGGAAAUCGACAGGUCGUACUCUGGAUUUGUCAACAUGAAGGUGCAGUUUGGAUUGCAGCUAUGUUUUAAACUGCAGGAAGUAUUGCAGUAUAACAGUAAAUCAAAGAGCUGUGUCAUUCGAGGUUACAUCAAGCGCGAGUCCGAUGUUUUGCCCACGGCUUUAAAUGAUUUCCUGUACACCCUACUGCGAGCAACUAAACCGCAACGACGAGCUCUUGUCCAGACAGUUACCAAGCAAUUCGACGACCAAAAGACAUCACUGCGCCAAAUGCUGUACAUUGCUGAUAAUUUGGCAUACUUUCCUUAUGUCGUUCAAGACGAGCCGCUCUAUUUGAUACAUCAAAUUGACUUGCUAAUAUCUAUGGCUGGCACCAAUAUAUUGGCAACUUUUAAGGAAUGUUUGAAACCCCCCGAAAAGCAACUUGACGUCCUCGAAGACGACGACGAUGAGGAGGAUCCCGAAGUUCUGUUCAAGCGUUUGCCCGAAAAUACGUCCGAAGUUCAAAGAUGCAUAACAUCUGCACAAGCUUGCAUGCUACUUUUGAUCUUAAAAGAGCAUCUAAAAGAAAUGUACAGUAUAACUGAUAGCAAGAUAUCACGCUAUUCGCCUUCGGAACCCAAACUACACGAGAAGGCCGUCACUAGGAAAAAUGUAUCAGAUUUCAAUCCAGUCAGCACCAUUGAUGUCAUUAAAAAGCAACAUGAUCAAAAGUUUACAUCUCAAACUAAUGGAGCCGCCGAUGUAACCCCCCUAACGGACGAGGAUAAAAUGGACAUUGUACUCAAAUACUUAGACUUUAAACAACUAAUGCUAAAACUUGAUCCGGAAGAUGUCGACUCGGAAGAAGACCAACGCGAAAAAUCCAAAUUAAAUUCCGUUGUAAGAACCGACCUUUCUCCUAUGUCUGUAUUAAAUUCGACUGAAGCCCUUCAACUGCAAAGCGAUAAUGGAAAUAGUGCACGAGCCGGCGAAAGUACAACGACGCCAGUACUGCUAACACCGUCUACGAAAAAUUCGAACUACCCCAUAACAACAUAUUCCCCAGACAAGGAAAACCCCGUUACUCCAGUAUCCAGAAAUACAAAACCUAUAACCGCAUUGAAACCCUCCGUGCGGAAGCAAUCACUUCGGACAAAGCGUAAAAAACGGAAAAUCUCCUCAGACGAGGAUGAAGAAUACACCGAUAGCGAAUGUGCGUAGAAUCUAAGCAUAAUUUCUUGUACAAUAUAACUAUCACUAAUGUUAAAACACACACAAAGACCAUGCACUAAUAUUAGGCUAAGUCGUUCGAAUCAUUGUUUCUAUUAAAAAAAAGUACAUGCAACAAACGUGGGAGAAAUCCCAAAGUGCCUAGGUCGGAAAAUAAACAAAAAAAAAAUAAAAUAAUAAUCAUUGUAUAUAA